AUGUCGAAUAUACCCCUAGUCCACUGUGACUACCAUCCGCUGUCGUCGGCUGCCGCUGCCCACCACCGUCGGCCCCGCCUGCCGAUCGCCACCGGCCAUCACCGUCAGCGGCCGGUGACCACCGCCGGCCGCCGACGACCACCACCGCCAACUGUUGGCGACCAUCGCUUACCUCCGCCACCGACGACCACCGUCAGUCGUCACCUAUCGACCGCCGGCGUGAUCGCCGGCGACUACCGCCGCCACCGCCGGCGAUCGUCGCCGGCGACUACCACCGCCACCGUCGGCGAUCGUCGUCGGCGACUACCGUCGGCAGUCGCCGGCGAUCGUCACCAUCGCCAGUGGCGGCUGCCAGCGGAGGAGGCCAACGGCGACGAUCGUUGGUUGCCGCAAGCUCCGACAAAGAUGUGGUGA